AUGCGUGUCACCUCUCUCGUCGCUCUCGGCUGCUACGCCGCUGUUUCCGCUGCGCAAGAAGAUGCUGCUGACGCCGCUUCCGACAAGGCCAGCUCAUCGCUCGAUGCCUCGUUGCCGGCUUUCACCCCCACAAAACUCACAGCGCCUUUCCUCGAGCAAUUCGUCGACGGUUGGGACAGCCGGUGGAAGGCAUCGCACGCAGUGAAGGAGAACACAAAGGCCGAUUCAGAGGAGGAGUGGCAGUUUGUUGGCACAUGGGAUGUUGAGGAGCCCCUCACAUUCAAGGGCAUCGCCGGUGACAAAGGUCUCGUCCUGAAGGACAAGGCUGCUCACCACGCCAUCUCCGCCAAAUUCGACAAGCCCAUUGACAACAAGGGCAAGACCCUCGUUGUUCAGUAUGAGGUGAAGCUCCAGAACUUCCUCGAGUGCGGAGGUGCCUACAUGAAGCUGCUCCAACAGAAUGCCGCUCUCGGCGCUGACGAGUUCUCCAACGCAUCGCCGUACGUGAUCAUGUUCGGCCCAGACAAGUGCGGAUCCACCAACAAGGUCCACUUCAUUUUCCGCCACAAGAACCCCAAGACUGGCGAGUACGAGGAGAAGCAUCUCAACGCCGCUCCACCAGCCACCAUCAACAAGCUCACCAACUUGUACACUCUCAUUGUCAAGCCAGACCAGACCUUUGAGAUCCUCAUCAACGGCGAGUCCGCGAAGAACGGCUCUCUCCUGGAGAACUUCACCCCUGCAGUCAACCCAGAGAAGGAGAUUGAUGAUGCCGAGGACAAGAAGCCCGAAGACUGGGUUGACGAGGCGAAGAUUCGCGACCCCGAGGCCAAGAAGCCCGAAGACUGGGAUGAGGACGCGCCGUACGAGAUCGUUGAUGAGGAGGCUGAGAAGCCGGCUGACUGGCUCGAGAGUGAGCCUCUCACUGUCCCUGACCCAGAGGCCGAGAAGCCAGAGGAUUGGGAUGACGAGGAGGAUGGUGACUGGAUCGCCCCACAGGUCGCCAACCCCAAGUGCGACGAUGUCUCUGGAUGUGGACCAUGGGAGAAGCCAAUGAUCAAGAACCCUGCCUUCAAGGGCAAGUGGACCGCUCCUUUCAUCGACAACCCACUCUACAAGGGUGUCUGGGCCCCACGCAAGAUUCCCAACCCAGCUUACUUCGAGGACAAGACCCCGGCCGACUUUGAGCCAAUGGGUGCUAUCGGUUUCGAACUUUGGACCAUGAACGAGAACAUCCUUUUCGACAACAUCUACAUUGGUCACGAUGUCGCCGAGGCCGAGGCCCUCAAGAAGGAGACCUUCGACGUCAAGAAGCACAACGAGGAGAAGGCCGAGAAGCUUUCCAAGCCUGUCGACGAUGCCGCCGGGAAGAAGUCRCCCAUGGACCUUGUCUUCACUGAGGAUCCAGUCCACUACGUCAAGGAGAAGACCGCUCUUUUCAUCGAGCUCUUCCAGAGGAACCCGGUCGAUGCCAUCAAGUUUGUUCCCGAAGUCGCUGGUGUCAUCGGUGUUGGUCUCAUCACCCUCCUUGUGCUCCUCUUCGGUCUGGGUGGCGCUGCCGCACCCUCCGCCGACGAGAUCAAGGCCAAGGCCCAGCAGGGCAAGGCCGCCGCCCAAAAGACCAAGGAUCAGGUCGCCGAUGCUGUCGCUAGUGGUACUGAUAAGGUCAAGGACGAGGUGAACAAGAGAAGUACUCGAAGUGGUGCGCAGUAA